UCUGCGUAACUGUUCCAGGGACAGCGCAGGCCCCGUGUUUUUUUACGCAAAUUUCCACCUGCAGGUUGGCCAUUUCAUUGGUUGAAACCACAGUCAGAUUCUCCUGCGAAAUUAUCUGAUUGAAAAUCAGGGAGGGGAGAAAAAGAGAGAGCAACAAGUGUGAUGCUUUUCAACUGCUUUGCUUUUGGGACUUUUAAGGAAAGGAUUUUCCUGCGCAGAGCCGCUUCACACCAGGACAACAUUCUUAUUAAUAGCAGUAGUCUUAUUAGUUAUCUAGUUGAAAUAGAGUAUUAUUGGGCCUACUGCACGUUUCAUUUUGACUGGAACCUGUUAAACUAACGGAUUAAAAUGCCUCGGUCUUUUCUGGUGAAAAACAAAAGGUGCGCUUCCUAUAAUGUUCACCGAUCAUAUGAAGAGGCCCCCACAAGUGCAGAAGACCCACUAGAGGUCCAGAGCACAGACUCUGAAGACAGGCCUCAGUCAGAGGGGCGGUCUCCCGCUGCGGACCACUGCUCUUUAAAGGACGAGACAGAGCUUGAAUGUCCCUUACCUGCUCACCCAGAGCCAACCAGACCCCACAUGGCUCCCACACAGCCCUAUUACCUAAAUGAGACUCACAUGGCCGGGUUCCCUCCCUUCUACAAGCCGCCGUACGCCUGGGAGCCGGUGCCUUCCUCCUACAAGCUCCGUCAGAUGAGUUUUAGCCCCACAGUGCUGCAGCACGCCAACAAUCUGUACAUCAGCCGCAGCCCACAGCCCCCGCAGCCUCUGGACUGCAGCACCCACUACUCCCCCACCUCCAACACCUACCACUGUAUCACCUGUGAAAAGGUGUUCUCGACGCCCCACGGACUGGAGGUUCACGUCAGGAGGUCGCACAGUGGAACCAGACCUUUUGGCUGCAGCAUCUGCAGGAAAACCUUCGGCCACGCCGUCAGUCUAGAGCAACACAUGAACGUUCACUCUCAGGAAAAAAGCUUUGAGUGCAAGAUGUGUGGCAAAUCAUUCAAACGCUCCUCUACUCUCUCCACGCACCUGCUCAUCCACUCGGACACGAGGCCUUACCCCUGCCAGUACUGCGGCAAGAGGUUCCACCAGAAGUCUGACAUGAAGAAACACACGUACAUUCACACCGGUGAAAAGCCCCACAAGUGCCAAGUGUGUGGUAAAGCGUUCAGCCAAAGCUCCAACCUGAUCACCCACAGCAGGAAACACACGGGCUUCAAACCGUUUGGAUGUGACAUUUGUUCCAAAGGCUUCCAGCGUAAAGUGGAUCUCCGCAGACACCACGAGAGCCAGCACGGCAUGAAGUGAAGAGGAAGCCAGACCAGGCGCUGUGUUAAUGUGUAGAAUACAUUUCUAUUCCAUCAAUUCAAUCAGCUAAUAUCAAAUUCUGAUUGAAGGCUAUUUAACUAUAGCAAAAUGUCAUCAGCAUAAUGAAGAAAUUGAAUCAAUAAUAUAUUGUAAGGGAUCUUUCAAAGAUGUGUUUACAUGUGAAUGAAUGGGAGAUGUGCUGUUUUCACUUAGCAUCAAUAUACUUUUGGCUUUUGAUUACAAGAGCAACAAGAAUGUUAUUUUUGGUUUCAUAUAAUUUAUUUAAAGUGUGCUUGAGCAUGGAAUUGUAUGUUAUGU